UCCUCCUCCUCCUCGGAGCCCCCCUCCCCUUGGAGGAAGGAUGCGGCGGCGCCGUGCGGGAGGCCGAGGAGGCUGAGCGGCGAUGUCCCACCUCCUCCUCCUCCUCCUUUCCCUGCCUCCUCUUUCGCCGGAGAAGGAGCGCGCGGGAGAAGCCGGCCAUCCCGCAGCCCCGAUGCUACCGGAGAGCCCUUCGGAGGGAGCGGCCGGGACCCCUCCUCCUCCGCCGCCGCCGCCCCUUCCGUUCCCUCCUCCUCCUCCUCUUGCUUCCCCUUCCCUCCAGGCUCCGACCCUCCUCCCGAGGAAGCCCGGGGCGAGAGGGGGGCGUCGGGAAGGCCUCUUCGCCCUCCGCGACGCGCCAUGACCCUCUGGGCUCCAGAUUGGUACCCCCAGCCGGUGCCUUCGCGGACGGGGCUCUUCUCUUUCCUCCUCCUCCUCCUCCUGAGCCCAACUCGGGGAAUCCGAGGCGCCUGGGGAGCGGGUUUCAGCCUCCACGCGGCAGGAGCAGGAGCGGCUCCCUUAGCAUGAAGGCGGAGGGGCUCGGGCGAGGCUGACGGGCACCGGACGGAGGCGCCGGGGUCCUCUCUCCCUCCGGAUGGAGCUUCCCGGCCGGGAAGAGGGAGGAGGAGGAGGCGGCGGAGGAGGAGGAGGAGAAGCGGCUGCGUCAGCGACGGAGCCUCGCCCGACGAGACCCUGACACCCCUUCUUUGCAGCCGGAGCCUCGCUUUAGUUUUGUAAUCCAUCACAACCAUGAAGUCUCCAACAACCGAUCCACCCCGUAAAAGAAGGAUGCUGUGGAUUAUUCUUCUAAGCACAAUUGCUGUAGCAUGGACUACCCCUAUUCCCUUGAUAGAAGACUCGGAGGAAAUUGAGGAACCUUGCUUUGAUCCCUGUUACUGUGAAGUCAAAGAAAGCCUUUUUCAUAUACACUGCGACAACAAGGGAUUUAUAAAUAUUAGUCAGAUAACGGAGUCAUGGUCAAGACCUUUCAAACUUUACCUGCAGAGAAACUCUAUGAGGAGAUUAUACACCAACAGUUUUCUCCAUUUGAACAAUGCUGUUUCUAUUAACCUUGGGAACAAUGCAUUACAAGACAUUCAGAUAGGAGCGUUUAAUGGGCUCAAAAUUCUGAAAAGAUUGUACCUGCACGAAAAUAAAUUGGACAUUUUCAGAAACGAUACUUUCCUGGGAUUGGAAAGUCUGGAAUAUCUGCAGGCAGAUUAUAAUGUCAUUAAGCGGAUUGAAAGUGGGGCAUUUCGAAAUCUGAGCAAACUUCGGGUUCUUAUCUUAAAUGAUAACCUUAUUCCCAUGCUGCCCACCAAUUUAUUUAAAUCUGUGUCCUUAACUCACUUGGACUUGCGUGGAAACAGAUUGAAAGUGCUUUCCUACCGAGGAAUGCUGGACCAUAUUGGCAGGAGCUUGAUGGAAAUCCAGUUGGAAGAGAAUCCUUGGAACUGUACUUGUGAAAUUGUUCAGCUAAAAAGCUGGCUUGAGCGCAUCCCUUAUACUGCCCUUGUGGGAGACAUAACCUGUGAGACUCCUUUCCACUUCCAUGGUAAGGACCUGAGAGAAAUUAAAAGAAAUAAACUGUGUCCUAUGCUAUCUGACUCAGAACUGGUCAGCAUUGGUGUUCCUCAGCUGCCAUCAAGCAAGGAGAAUGCGUGGCCUACUAAGCCUUCUUCCAUGUUGUCCUCCUUCCACUUCACUGCUUCCUCUGUUGAAUACAAAACUUCCAUUAAACAACCCAAACCUACAAAACAGCCCAGGGCACACAAGCCACCCCCUACACCUCGAGGCCUGUACCCUGGGCCCAACCAAGCUCCUGUUGCUGCGUAUCAGACUAGGCCUCCUAUCCCCAUCAUAUGCCCUACUGGCUGCUCCUGCAAUUUGCACAUCAAUGAUUUGGGUCUAACUGUUAACUGCAAGGAAAGAGGGUUCCACAAUAUUUCUGAGCUCCUUCCCAGACCUGUCAAUGCUAAGAAAUUAUACCUGAGUGGAAAUUUGAUACAGAAAAUUUACCGUUCAGAUUUCUGGAAUUUUUCUUCUUUGGAUCUCCUUCAUCUUGGAAACAAUCGGAUCUCCUAUGUGCAGGAUGGGGCUUUUAUUAAUCUGCCCAAUUUAAAGAGUCUGUACUUAAAUGGCAAUGACAUCGAGAAGCUGACUCCAGGCAUGUUUAGAGGUUUGCAGAGCUUGCAUUACCUGUACUUCGAGUACAAUCAGAUCAGGGAGAUCCAGCCUGCUGCCUUCAGUCUCAUGCCCAACCUGAAGCUACUCUUCCUCAAUGACAAUCUUCUGAGGACCCUGCCUACUGAUGCCUUUGCUGGCACCUCCUUGGCCAGGCUCAACCUGAGGAACAACAAAUUCCGGUACUUGCCGGUGGCUGGUGUGCUGGAACACCUCAAUGCCAUUGUACAGAUUGACCUGAAGCUCAACCCUUGGGAUUGCACCUGUGACCUAGUGCCUCUCAAGCAGUGGAUCGAGACCAUCAGCUCUGUCAUUGUUGUGGGGGAUGUUCUUUGUGCCAGCCCAGAGAACCUCACCAACAGAGAUAUCCGUUCUGUGGAGCUGGAGAUGCUGUGCCCAGAAAUGUUGCAUGCUGCCGCUGCCUCACCAGCCCCUCCAGCAUUUGGCCACCCUAGCCCCACAAGUCCCUCACCUUAUGAGCUCCCUCCAGAUGGAGGAGGCCCAGUCCCUCUCUCUGUGCUCAUUCUCAGUCUACUCGUACUGUUCUUCUCUGCAGUCUUCAUUGCUGCGGGCCUUUUUGCCUUUGUCCUACGCCGACGGCGCAAGAAGCUACCUUUCCGGAAUAAGCAGCGGCAGGAGGCCCUUGAUUUAACAGGCAUCCAAGUGCAAUGCCACCAUCUGUUUGAGGAGGGAGGAGGUGGAGGAAGUGUGGGAAUCAGUGCCUCCCCAGAGAAGGCACCCCCAGUGGGCCAUGUCUAUGAUUACAUCCCACACCCAGUGACCCAGAUGUGCAACAAUCCCAUUUACAAGCCACGCGAAGAGGACGAAGUUGUAGCAGAAGAGCCUGGGCAAGCCGGGGACAUGCUUCUGGGAGGUGGAGGUGGCAGCUGUGCAGGGGAACAAUUUGCUGACCCUGCCAAGGACAGCGGGAGCAGUAGCUGCUAUAGGACCUUGCUGGAGAAAGAGAAGGAGUGGAGGUUGGCUGUGUCCAGUUCACAACUUAACACCAUAGUGACCACCAACCAUCACCCCCACCCCCACCCCCACCCACCUGGAGGGGGAAUUGGUGGAGGUUUGCCUCUCAUGGGGGAAUUAGCACUGGUGCCACCUGUCUUCCAUCAUGAGAAGAAUGGUGGGGUGGUGCUGUUUCCUCCUAGUGGUGCCGUUCUAGACAGCAGGGAGAGGCCACCCUUAGCCCCUCCGUGCACAGUGGGCUUUGUGGACUGCCUCUACGGCACAGUGCCCAAAUUAAAGGAACUGCACGUCCAUCCCCCUGGCAUGCAAUACCCAGACCUGCAGCAGGACGCCAGGCUGAAAGAAACCCUGCUCUUCUCGGCUGAGAGUAUUAUAUUUUAAUGGUUUUGGUUAGAGUGAAAAACCAAAGAAGAAUGGGAGGAUUGUUUGUUUAUUUCAUUCCUUUCCAAGGUAUCUAGCUGGUAUCUUGUUUCUUGUAGAACUGGGUUGACACAUGAAUAGAGCCGAAGGAAAAAGCUUUGUUUGGUGGAGGAAAAACAUCCAGUAUGGCCAGUAGAUGGCGUCCGAGCUCCAGCAAUUGCCGCACAGAGACCAGAGGUUACUUUUGAAUUGUGCACAGCCCAUCCGGUGCUUUCCGCUUGGACUCCCGAAUCUGCCCUUAAUAGAAAAUCAUCACGUUGAAUGUAAUUCACCAGACGUCACUAAUGCCUUACAUCGAGAUAGAGAUCAAAUUAAAGGGGAAAUGUGGAUAUUAGCUCCUUUCGUGUGUACAGAUGUGAUGGGGCAAAAUCCAUAUUCUGAAGAUUUCAAGCAAUGAUUUUUAUAUUUAUAUAGAGAUAGAAAUAUACACACCUACAGAAAGAGAGGGAAAUGUAUUUAAAAAUAAACUAAAAUUUUAAAAAAGCUAUUUAUUUGUCUUACUAAAAAAAAAAUGUUAUCCAGGGAAAAUGAAAUGUUUUUACUGCAGAGGAAUGAAAAGAAAAUACAGCUGCCUCCAAUGCUCUUGUAUCAUACUGUGGUUGUUAUAGUUUUGUUAAGGAAUCACUGCAUAAAUGUCAGCUUUUGAAAGAAAGUAAGAAUUUAUCCAAGUCAUAAUGUCAUAUAUGUGCUAAUCAUUCCUAUUGGAAACAGUUUGUUCAUUUUUAAAUAAAUAUUUUUUUUAAGCUGGUAUAUACAUAAGAUACACAGAAGCAGCUAUCCCCACAUCUGUCAUGAUCCACAAACCAAUACAAACAAAAAACUUUGUUUGACCUUGAUUCAGUUUAUUUCCAGAAUGUCUCAUCUUUGCUGGCUAGGGAUUCACAACAAACAUGCCUCACUUGCUGCAAUAGAAUUUAACAUUUCGGAUCCACUGACCCAGACCGUAAGUUUGAAAUUGGCAUAUUUGUCAAAUUUAGGUUUAAGUAAAAGCUUUCCAAUACACUUUGCUCACAGGGCACGCUGAACUGAGAUAAGGUCACACGUAUGACUCAAAUUCUCCACGAAAUGUGAGUGUUUCUUACACUGUGGCCAUAAUCAGGACUGGAUUGGCCAUUAUGCAAAUUUUGUUAUAACAGGGAUCUAGCCACACUAGAUGCCUUGUAUUCAAGUACUCAGAGAGAUGAAUGGACCUAUGUUUGAAUGCAGGCUCAGGCCACUGGUCCUUCUAAUCCAGUAUUUUCUAUUCUGCAGCCAUUCUCCAGGGUUUUCCCCCACCCUACUUAUCAAGAUCACUGGAUUUAUGAGAUAUUUAACCUGGAUCCUUCUGUAUGCAAAGCAUGUAGAUUACUGAAGACUUAGUCUCAUCCACAAAAGCACUUUAAGGUAUUGACCCAGGGAUCUUUCAUAUCUUUAAGGCGAAUAUGAUAACUUCCCACACCGCUCAUGUCGGAUUCCUAGGUAGUUCAAAAUUACCUUUUAAAAAUAGCAUCCAUCUUCCUAGAUGUAGGAGGGUUGAAGUACUGAGAAUGUAGUUUGGAAUAGUAUAAAUAUAUUAAAUUGGGAAUUUAAUAAGAUAGGAAUUAAGAUAAUUAUGGAAAGAUAAUUUGGAAGGUCAAGUGGCAUAGUGUUGCCUCAUUGCUCCUAUGGAUGAUGGAUCAAAAUAUACUAAUACGUUUCAUGUUUAGAUCCUUGUCUUUGACACUUAUGUCUACAAAUUAUGUGUCCCUGAAUUUAAGAUACUGAAAAGUCUACAUAAAUCUUUCAGUCAUUUUCAUCUUAUCAAGUUAUAAAACAGAUAUCAAGCAAGUAUGUUUUCAUGCUAUUUCCUUCUUACAUUAAACAUUAAGCACUUAAAAAAAUAAUGGGUAGGCAAGCAUGCAUGCACUUUUAAAAGAAGCAUUAUAAAUCAUAAAAUGCAAGGGCAGCUACUUUGAAAGGCAAUUAUUUUUGCAUUUACAUCACUACAUGCGUAAACAUUGUCCAGUAUCGUAGAGAACAGGUUAAAGUCCAGAUCUUACCAUGUCAAGGUGCUCAACACAUUUGAAAAAAAAACCAGUAUUAUUUUCUAGCACUCCUCAAGAAUAGCACAUAUCAAAAAGUGGGAGAAAUGUUAUAAAUAAUGUUUAUAUAUUGUUUAUAUUACCAAUGGCAAGAGCAUCACAACUGAAAUAUUAAGAAACAGUUUUCACCUGGAAUAGUGAAGCAAUUAUUCAGUGGAAAUAAAUUUAUGAGAUUGAAUUUUUUGUAUUAAAAGAUAUACUUUUUUAGCUAAUGUGUUGUUAUAUCAAUUUUUGUUUCAUUACUUAGGCAGUUUCUGUCUCUUUUGUGCUCCAAAACUACUAAAAUAUGCUGUGUGUAAGGAGGAUGUUCAUAUGAUUUUAUUGGCUGACAAUCCUGUGGGGACUGAGUUGCUGAUGGACAAAACUGCCGUUGCUCGUUUCUCAAAAAUGGGUAUCGGAAUCAUUAAUAUCAGUGAAGGGUGGAAAUGAUUUAUCACUAUCAGCUUUAUUGUCGGAAAUGGAGGGCAACGAAAACAUAUGCAUUUAUUGAAAAAUGUUUUGAAAUGAAGGAGUAUAGGUGUCUGUGUGUUUGUGCGCACACGUCGAUGUACAUGCUUCUUCAGCAAACAGUUGAAGUUGCUAGUGCUUGUGCUAAAUAUCAUAUUGCAGAAUUUGUUUUUCUAGAGUGUUGUCUUCAUUUUAUGUCCUCUGGGAUGUGUGAUAAACCUAACAUGGGGAGGAGGUGUAGGCUGGUCAACAGAUGGGGGUGGUGGAGAAAUGUCAGUUGCUUAGCAACUAUGGCAUCCCUGCAUCCUCAUCACCAUAGAUAUGUAAGAGAGAAGUACAGGCAGCAUCGAGUCUUAAGGUGGGACAUCGAAGCAGAUUCCCAUCUUGUUUUAAGUAUGUUUGUAAAACAUUGGUGGAAAAUGCAAUUCCAAAGCGGUUGCAUGAGUUGGCUGUGACCAUGAUGGCUUCAUAGCAGAAACCAAAUUCUGUUAUUUUUGUAUCUUUGUUUUCUUCUGUAUCUUUGGUCAUAACAUGUGAACAGGAAUCCUUAUUUGGAGUUUUACUUACCAACUACAUGUCUUUGUAUUAUGCUAGAUAGGUAAAUAUCAAUACUUACAGAUGGAAAGAAAGAUCAUGGGCAAUUUUAACAUUUGGGAGGGGGAGGAGAAGAGAGAUCAGAUUUUUAUUGUUCAGUCCUUGUGUGCCAUCUCUAUAUGUGUUUAGCCAAAUGCCUUUCAUGCAUGUAAGGAGAAAAUCUGGGAAUGUCUUGAGAUUUUAAGGAUGCUAAAGCAGAAAGUGAGAACAGUGUUGCUUAUUUUUACAGACUUUCAUUGAAAAUGAACUCAGUCUUGGAAUGAGUGAGUCAAGAAUGUUUAUUGUUGUAUGCCUUCAUGUCAUUUCUGACCUAUGGCAACCAUAAAAUAGAACUUAUCAUGGCAUUUCCUUGGAAGGUUUCUUCGGUGGAGAUUUGUCAUUGUCGUCCUGUGAGGCCGAGAGAGUGUGAUUUGUCCAAGAUCAGGCAGUAGGGGAUUCAAGCCCUGUUCUCCAUAAUCUGAUAUGUAAAGUACAUUUCAGUCUGGUUCACCAUGUUUAUCAGUUUGGA